CAGCAGCAACAGCAGCAACAGAAUUCACCCAGCAGCAUUCAGUCAGCUCAGAGCCAGGCAGUCGUCGGUUCUCAAGGUGGAGCAACACAGGGUCAAGGUCAACAGCAGCAGAAUGCGGAGGACGCGCUCGCGGCGGCGGAGAACACCCCCGUCAGUGAGGGUGUGCUCCUCGCUCGGAUCCACGUGCCCGAGCUGUACGUCAGCAAGUGUCUGCAGUUCCCGAAGGAUCAGCUGGUCUGGGACGUGAAGCAGCAAUGUCUUGCGUCCUUGCCCAAGGUGGCCACUUGGUACAGGGAGCUGAAGGAGAGCUUCAAUUACGGCCUCUUCUGCCCGCCGGUGAAUGGAAAAGCCGGAAAAUUCCUGGACGAGGAACGCCGUCUCGGCGAUUAUCCUUUCAAUGGACCCGUCGGGUAUCUGGAGCUUAAAUAUAAGAGGCGAGUCUACAAGAUGCUGCAUUUGGAUGAGAAACAGCUCAAGGCUAUGCACACUAGGACAAAUUUACGAAGGUUAUUGGAUUAUGUGCAAAGCAGUCAGGUCGAGAAGAUCGCGAAAAUGUGCAGCAAGGGGCUGGAUCCUAAUUUCCAUUGUCAGGAAACAGGAGAGACGCCUCUGACUUUAGCAACGACCUUGAAAAAACCGUCCAAGGUUAUAAUUGCAUUGGUCAAUGGCGGUGCUCUCCUGGACUACCGAACGAAAGAGGGCUUGACAGCGAUGCACCGUGCUGUCGAACGGAACAGUUUGGAGGCGGUAAAGACGCUUCUGGAACUGGGUGCUAGUCCAAAUUACAAGGAUACCAAGGGCUUGACGCCGCUCUAUUACAGUGUCAUUUACAAGACCGAUCCGAUGCUCUGCGAGACGUUGCUUCACGAUCAUGCGACGAUAGGAGCUCAGGAUCUCCAGGGCUGGCAGGAAGUUCAUCAGGCAUGUCGCAACAAUCUGGUGCAGCAUCUGGACCACCUGCUUUUCUACGGCGCUGACAUGAACGCGCGCAACGCGUCCGGUAACACGCCGUUGCACGUGUGCGCGGUGAAUAACACGGACGCCUCGUGCAUACGUCAGCUACUCUUCAGGGGCGCGCAGAAGGACGCGCUCAACUACGCGAACCAAACACCGUACCAAGUCGCCGUGAUCGCGGGCAACAUGGAGCUCGCCGAAGUCAUCAAGAACUAUCAAUCGGAGGAAGUUGUACCAUUUAAAGGACCGCCACGCUACAACCCGAAACGACGCUCGGUGGCCUUCAGUGGCACUUCUUCAAUGAUGACGACGAGCUGCUCAGCGAGCAAUUUGGGCACCCUCACCAGGAUACCGUCCACCGAACAGCACGCGGUGACGUCUAGCGCCGGUGGUGGUACCACUGGUACCCUUACCAGAACCAUCUCAGUGGAACAGUACUCGAGUAUCACGCGAGUACCUUCCGCCGAGCAAUACGCUACCACCGCAGCAGUGACCGUGAGUCUUAACCGAGUACCGUCCACGGAACAACCGUAUCCACCACCUCCGUCGUCUGGCAUACUUGUUCGGGUCGCGUCUGAGGAGAAAUACGCGCCGCCUGGUGCUGUGCUUAACAGAGCCUCAUCCGGCGAGCGAUACGAUGCCACCCUGAUCAGAGUACCGUCCUCCGAGCAAUACCCGACCACUAAUACCCUGAUCAGAGUACCGUCCACGGAGCAGUACCCAACCGCCGCGGUGGGCCUGACCAGAGUACCGUCCACGGAACAAUAUCCCUCCACCGGUGGUGGGAUUACGAUCGUCGGUCAGACGACCGAGUCGAGCCAUCACGGAAGCCUCGGCAGAGUACCGUCCGUAGAAUCGAGCAGAAACGAUUUACCGAGAAUACCGUCCGAACAGAACGGCCACCGACUGACGUCGGAGUACCAGAGUCCAAAUUCCUUGAGAGAUCCUAACGUGAGAUUGCCGAGCGCCGCGGAGAAUUAUUCGAACUUGAGAAUGGAGGGUCUGACGAGACUGCAAGAGCACCGACUCGAGCUGCAGCAUCGCCUCGAUAUGCAUAGAUCGCAGAUGGAGAUGCCGCCAUCGCCGUCACCGAGCAGCAGGAGUUUAGCACCUUUCAGCUCGGCCAGCUCGAGCUUGUCCGAAGGCAGCAAUCAGCCGUCCGGCGAAGACUCGGCCAGCAUCGUCACAGACAAGAGCCUCGGCGACACGGCGUCUGACGUGAUCAGCGACAGUUCCGGGGUGGGAACCUCGCAGUCCGACACGACCAAUUCAUUAUCCAUUCCCGGCACGACGGUGGUCUGCGUGGAGAACUACAGCAGCGGGAUCACCAGCCAUCUGACUAUCAAUCAAGGAGACAUCCUUGAAGUCACCGGUGCGACCGACUGCGGCCUCCUGGAGGGGGUCUUACGCGGACAGGGUACCGGUUUAUUCCCUGCGCAUUGCGUUCAAGAAGUCCGGCUGCGCCACACGAAUAUACCUCUGGGUCCACAACCCGCCAGGGACGGACGAAAUCGAGUUCUGGGCCGUAGAGAAUCGCAACACAAGUACUUCGCUACCGCACCUAGAUUAAAGAAACCUGUCACGUCGGAGCCUCGCACUGUUGUUCUUCAUCGUUCGAGGAAAGGCUUCGGCUUCGUGUUACGUGGCGCCAAGGCUACUUCGCCACUAAUGGAACUCACGCCGUCAGCCAAAUAUCCAGCAUUACAAUAUCUGGAUGAUGUCGAUCAAGGAGGUGUGGCUGACUUAGCAGGUCUCCGAAAAGGAGAUUUUCUCAUUCAAAUCAAUGGCGAGGACGUAACGACGGCUUCGCACGAACACGUGGUCGAUCUGAUAAGGAAAUCGGGAGAGUUGGUGCGAAUGACCGUGGUCUCGCCGGUGAUCAGUCUUCCGAAUUCCCAGUCGGCGGCCGCAUUGCCAACUAGUCAACCGAUUCAGAGACAAUAUGCUACCUUGCCGCGCAAGGGUAAUAACAACGUGGUGAUCGGCGGUACGCUUGGCAGGUCUCCAGCUCCUGUACCGCCUCGAAGAGAUCCGAAGACAACGCUAAGCGUGGGACGAGCGAGAGCGCGAUCAAUGGUCGCAGGAUUAGAAGGAGGAGGCGAAAGGGACGAUCGCGACGAGAUAGCAUCGACUGGUGCAAAGUCAAGUAGUGCGGAAUCGAUUCACAUGCCGCAGCAGCCAUCAACUGGAUCGAACACCGGUCAGAACACACCAGUACAACCGAGAACAGCCAGCAUCCGAUCGCGUCCGACCUCCAGCAGAAUCACUGCCGCGGAACUUGAAGAACUAUUUCAGCGACAGCAGGGUAGCGCCGGUGGUCAAUACAGUUCGUCCAUGAUGAGCUCCUCUCACUUUCAGACUACUACUGGUCAGUCCACCAAGUCGCAUCCGUCGUCGCCCGCCAAGACCGGCAGGGUGUACGCGAGCGUGGCGGAGAUGAAGCGCAAGGGCAAAUCGCAAUCAAGAGUACGCUUCUUUGGUGGCUUGGGCGGCGGUUCCGAUCUUCACAGGGACUUCCAUAGCACACCGGAUCUCAACGUGCAAGCGCAGUCGUCGUCCCUUCUAGCGCCCAAGUGUCAUAGAAGUCAGGAAGACGUAAAUGCUCUAAACGGUAGAAAUGGGCUUCCACCUCCGAAUCAUCCGCCGCCACCUCCGCCGGUUGGACAAGUCAUCAAGGUAAAUGUUGGCGCAAACGUGCCAGACGUCGUUACGCCAGCCUCGGUUUAUGAUAAUAUGGCGCACAUCCAACAAGUCAAAGAACUCGCAGCAGCUACAGUCGAUGGUAUUUAUGGAGUGAUGUCGAGUUUUCGGCCGUCGAAUAGCGCAAAGCUGUACGCCUCGCCGGAAGAUAUGAAGACUGUUGGAUAUCGCUCGCGUAGUCUACCGGCUAAUCGUCCACAUCUGAGGAAGUCUCACAGUCUACGCGGCACACCGAGCAGCACGACAUUCAAGUCGACUGGCAGCCAACAAGCACUGAAUACCAAUAUCAAUAUGAACAGUAACGGAAACAGUAAUAAUUCGGUCAACAAUCAGUACGCGCAACCAUUGAAGACCACCAGGAGUCACAGCACGGCUGGUAUUCGUGAGCGAAAGAAGAAGACUGUCGUGAGCACCAGCUCGUCCGUCACAAACCUUUCGUCGAUCGCGUCCGGCGCGAAUGGACCCACACCACCUACCUCGGCGCCGCCAAUCCCCGAGCCAGAUUACAGUCUGUCGGAGUCGGAAAACGAUGAAGGCGAGGACGAAACGGAUGAAGAUGGCGAAUCAGAGAUUGCGAAGGAGCUAGAGAAGGCGGCGGCGCGAGAGAAGCUGGAAGCAACGCGAGAAACGUCGGGCAACUCCAACACAUCUGGCUCGAGUUCAUCGGGCAGCGGUUCGCUACCACAUUCGUUUAGUGUCGAGGAGAUUCAGAAAGUGCGCACGCAGUUAAAGUCAUCCAAGAGUCAUCCGAACGAUUUUCUCUUGCAGCAAACGCAGCAAUCGCUCGUCGAGGACGGCGACAACAGCUCGAGCGGCGUCAGCUCAGACCAAGAUGUGCCGGUGGGUCCACCGAUGGGCUUCGACGACACCGCUGCACGGAAUCUGGCUAAUCAAGAGAGCAACCAGCACUCGAUGCCGGGAGGCACUCUGCUAACCGGCGCCAAUCCGAUCGAAAAGGAGAGCAAUCAGACCAAACGACCAGGCUAUGGCGGCAGUGGUUUGCUGACCAGGCACGCAGUCAGCCUGGCGCAGUUACCGCCUCCGAUCGAAGCUGAUGCCGAAGAGCAGAACAAUGAUCUCUUCGUACCGCCGCCGCCGGAAUUCAACGCCGGUCCGUCUGCCGGCGGCCAAGACCAGGAAGUGGUGGUGUUCGCACCUCCGCCGCAGUUCUGCGACAACAAACAGCAAACACAACAGCAGCAGCAGACAAUGGCGCAGAAUCGUGUCAAGAUAAUCGGCGCGAUUCCCAAGGUUACCGGGAAUCAGGUGAAAGCGUCGGGCGGUCGAUUACCGUAGAGAGAAAACCACAAAUCGUAGGAUGAAUGAUUUAUUCGUAUAUUACUUCCUGAUGGGCGAGCAGAAGAAAAUUUUUAACACAUACAUCGCGAUUUCGAAGUCAAUAUAUUUAGAGGCUCUCCGCCUUUUCGGUAGUGAUCACCGCGCAACGGGCGCACUAAAUUUAGACUAAACCGCGACGAUCCGCGCGAGCGUAUAUAAAGCGCGAUCGCUUGGACUUUUUUCCAAGAGUAAAUCGUAUUCUAAUCGAGCGUCUAGGAGUCGUAGGAAGUAUACCGAGAAAAUAAUUGAGCGUGUUUUUACCAAGUAAGUUUACGAGUGUGAGCGUACGUUCGAUUGCACUACAAUAGAGGAUUGGUUUGUCACACACGAGCACAUGGUCGAUUAUAAAUUUAUCCAUCACCAGCCUGUCCGUGAGUGAGUCGACAGAUCCGCAAACCGAUUCGCUGCGUCGUAGAGAGAACGUGAGCGGCCUAAGGGCACGAAAAAGAGCGGAUAUACACACUCUGGCGUAAGAAGACGAACAGUUGAGAUGGAGAUAGAAAGGAAGGAAAUGCAUUUGAUGCGUGUACGCGUGCGUGAGUUGUGAAUGUGCAAUGCAUAUCGGUUUGUUUUUCAUGUUUCUAUCGAACUACGAGGUGUUUUAAUACUUUUACACGACACGACACGACACUCUUCGCUCCGAGAACAUGAAACUGUUGAGACAAUUUUUGCAAAUCGCCGCUUCUAAACCAAUUUUAAGCAAAAGCACUACAGCAGUCUCACUUACUCUCGAUCCCCCUCUAAUCCGACGAAGCAUCGACGGUGACGAUUUCAGUGACGAUGACGCGAAAAUCACGUAACUGAUUAGUUGUUAAUCGAACAAGCGCGGUUUUUUAGUUUCUCUCGUGUCUAGACACUGCUCAAACGCCUAAUCACAAAGCUCUACUCGCGAAGUCAUUAGAGAUUCUUCCUAGUUUAUAAUUGCAAAUAUUAUUAAUAUUAGUAUUAUAAUUUUAUUAUUAUAUUAAUAUUAUUGUUAGAACAUUGUUAUUAUAAUUAUACGGCGACUAUAACGCUCCACUGAGGAAUCCUUCGAGAAAGCGUAGCCGCGUGACAAAAGGAUGUGCAGCACUAUACUUCGUUAUAAUGCACCAUCAUUACUCCAGCUUGUGUAAAGUAAGUCGUACUCCUUCCAUCCAUGUGAAAAGCUUCCUUGAGCCGGAAAACUUUUUGUUCAUACAUCACUGUCAAAUAUGAAUGCAAAUCAAAAUCGUGCGGGCGAGAUAUCUUUCGCAAGCAUGAAAUUGAUGAAGCUCUUUAACGAUUGGAUUGGAUUCUCUUCGCACAAGCGCGCGGUCCAAAAUCUUCUUGCAAAUUAAUUGCAAAUAUUUACACACACACACACACACACACACAUAUGUAUACACACUGAACCUUCUUGAUUAUCGUUUCUACGCCUUCGCGAACGCUGGGCAAAAGCAAAAAUCGCAUUUUGUGCAGCACAAGUGCGAGCGCGCGUGAGUCGCCGUGUGGUUUUUAAGAUGUGGGAGAGGCCGAGUCAAUCAUACAUUUUUAAAUGUUCCUUCGAUAUACUUCAUCGUCGUCGUUUUUUUUUUUAUACAAGCAGCAAGAUUCAGCACAGCGUAAAUAUCAAGUAUAUUCUUGAACGUUCUUUCAUAUUAUAUGUACAAAUGAUC